AUGUUUUCCGCGACAGCACCGGUUGUAGGAACAGUGGGACAUGCGCUGCAACCUUUGCGUCCGACGAGGCCCAUGACGACAAAACCCACCAAGCCAGAUUACUUUGUUAUGUCUCUUGCACGGAAACCCAUGGGUCCUUCCGUUUAUCCAGGUGCUGCGGCCGCGGAAGAUGCUUCAAAGGGAUUUUUAUUGAGUGAUGCAAUGCAUGACAUGAACUUCUACACACAAGUCUCCGAGUCGUUGCCCGAUGCAGGGCUUCCAGUGCUCAACUCCGUAUUGUUUAGUCAGCGACAUGUGGUUAACGACACUCCUUCAGUUGAAGAAGAAAUUGCAAGUAUUAAUGAGCACAUACGCAUAUGGCGUGCUUCCCGCCUACAGGAAGUGAUCACCAAGUAUGAGCACACCAAUGAACAGGCCUUACUAGACGCGAAGGUGGAGCAGCGCAUAAAAGCGCGUCAGACGGCAGAACAAGAGCGUGCCAUGCGCCGUAUUUCGCAAAUUCUAGGUUCUCUUAUUCCUGAAUUGGAAAAGAUGACGGCGUUUGAGGCGCCAUCCGAUGUGCUGGGCGCUGCCAGACGUGAGGCUCUGCUCAAACAGUGGAAGGAGCGGGAUGAACAGCAACAACGGCUUCUGAGGGAGAUGCGUCUUGCAGAACGUAACUGGCUUGUUGACCGUCAAUUUCAGCGAAAUGUGGAGGAGCGCAAUUCACUCGAGUCGCAGCAUUACUACAGUUAUAUGGAGCAUAAAAUGGAUGAACGAUUGGCCUUCCGUCAGCUUUGCGAAGCAUUUUAUGACGAGAAGAUAAUUGUUGGUGUAACCGAUGAUGAAUCAGUCGUACGGCAAAGGAUGCUGAGGCUGGAAACCGAGGGUAGGCUUUACAUAAUUGAACAGAUGCGCAGUGUCAUUGCCUUACCGGAAACUGCAGUAGCUUAG